AUGGGGAGCCAUUGCUUGAAGUCAUUGCAUGCUGAUUUGUGCAGGCUCACCAUCACCGACUUCCUCCACACCGCCGUUCUCGGGGACGUUCCCGCCCGCCAGUUUGCCGGCGGAGGUCAGGCGGUGGCCGUCGCCGCUGCGCCGGCCGACGGCGAGAUCUCCGCGGCGAGGUACUUCGGGAUCGUGAAGCGCGGCUUGCCCAUUGACCUCAACGAGCCUCCGCCCCUUUGGAUGUAG